AUGUCCUCCUUGCUCGCCUUUGUAAAAGCGAUCCGCCGCACGGAGGCCUCGGACAACGGCGUAGUGUUGGCUGCUUCGGCUGCCACCCGGGCGUCUUCAGCUUCCCGAUACUUACGGAGUGCAUCAGAAACUGCCCCUUCGGAUUCGGUUUGGGAGAUUAGGAAGUUGAGAAGGGUCGAUGCGGCGCGCCGAAGCUCCCAAGCCGCCACCAGGCUCGCGGUGUUGGCUGCCUCUACGGGGCAGACGGCCGUGCGGGAGGUGGAUGCCUGGGAUGCCAUGUUUAGUGCUUGCCCACCCGGACUGAAAUCUUCGCAUGUGCACUUUUCCUCACCAGUGUAA